GCCUCGAACUACCCGCGGGAGUCGCUCAUCGUUUCGGGGGAAAGAGCAUUCCUCGUGCGUCUGCAUCAUUUGGCAGAUGAGAUGGAACCUUAGCUCUCGAAUAGUCAAUGGGGGGCAAGGAAAAACUCAGUGAAAUUUAGAAAAACGUUGAGCGAAGCGGACAGCAAACAAAGACUGCAAUCAAUGUUCCAGCCAUUAAUAAGAGUACUGGUAUGAUGAAAACCCCAGCAAAUUCAAAUAUACAAUAAACACACAUAUGAUAAAUAAUAUUGAAGUGGAGGGAAACAACAUACUAAUACAUUUGGAUCCCAGUCUACAAAAUAAGUUCUGACUUCUUCUAGCAUGGAGGUGUCCCAUGUGAACAAUAGUAGUCAUCACGCCUGGUGGAAAGAGAUGCCAUGGGGGGACACAGACGAGUGCCCCACCUCCCUGAGUGGCACCACCUUCCUGAUAGUUGCCUACAGCGCACUGAUUGCAGUGGGCCUUAUCGGUAACAUCUGCCUGGUGUUUGUCAUCACACGGCAGAUGGAGAUGCGGAACGUCACCAACAUCUUCAUCGCCAACCUGUCAAUUUCUGACAUCCUCAUGUGCAUUGUGUGCCUGCCGGUCACCAUCAUCUACACCCUAAUGGACCGCUGGAUCCUGGGGGAGGCACUCUGUAAGGUCACACCCUUUGUCCAGUGCAUCUCUGUCACAGUCUCCGUCUUCUCCCUGGUCCUCAUAGCCAUGGAGCGCCACCAACUCAUCAUCCACCCCACUGGAUGGAAGCCUGUGGUGGGCCACUCCUACCUGGCUGUAGCCAUCACCUGGAUGGUGGCCUGCUUCAUCUCUCUUCCUUUCCUCUCCUUCAACAUUCUCACCAACAGUCCUUUCCAAAACAUUAGCCUCCCCUUCAAUCCCUUCACUGACCACUUCAUCUGUAUGGAGCGGUGGCCCUCAGAGCACAAACGACUGGCCUACACCACCUCCCUGCUGCUCUUCCAGUACUGCCUUCCCCUCAUCCUCAUCCUGGUCUGCUACCUGCGCAUCUUCCUGCGUCUCCGACGGAGAAAAGACAUGGUGGAUCGAACCCGGGACAACCGCCAGAAGAAGGCCAAGGGGUCAAAGAGGAUCAAUGCCAUGUUGGCCUCCAUCGUGGCAGUGUUUGCCCUCUGCUGGCUCCCGCUCAACAUCUUCAACACCGUGUUUGACUGGAACCACCAGGCCAUCCCAUCCUGCCAGCAUGACAUCAUCUUCUCUGCCUGCCACCUCACAGCCAUGGCCUCUACCUGUGUCAACCCCAUCAUCUAUGGCUUUCUCAACAGUAACUUCCAGAAAGAGCUCAAAUCUACCCUAUACCGCUGCCGCUGCUGGGGGGCACCAGAGAGUUAUGAAAGCUUCCCUCUCUCUAUUGUCAGCACAGAGGUCACUAAGGGGUCGAUCUUGAGCAAAGGAUCGAUUAGCAUGAAUGUAUAGUCCUGACCCAUUCAGAAAGGGAGAGAGAAAGUAUAGAACUUCAAUCCCCAUUGUCUUGACCAUCCAUUGAAGUUUGUCUUGCUCAGCAUUAUGCUGGAGCAAGGGUUGACAGGGGUUGUUCAAAUUAGUCACGUGAAUGUUUUGUGUCUUAGCAAUCAAUGAUUGACCUCUUCAGUGAGAAUGGAGAGAAACGUGAAAGUAAGAGAACACGGUGCCUCAAGAGACAUUUUACAGUGUCCUCAAUUAGGUAUGUGGUUUUACACCUUAGAGGAAGUCGAUGAGUUUAUGACGGUUCAAAGGUCUUCUUCACUGUAAGCACUGUGGAGUAAAAGGUGUGCUUUACACCAUCAUACUAUUUCAAUGUAUUAUUUGGGUCUCUAUAGAGCAGUGGCAUUCAAAGUUGGGGUGGGGUCGCAGGGAUUUAAAAAAAUUAAAAUGCACCAAAAAAGUAAGAGUAAAGAUUAAUGUAUUGGACAAUAUGUAUAGACAAUAUGAAUGCACGCAUGAAUGUAAGUCGCUUUGGAUAAAAGCACCUGCUAAAUGGCAUAUAUUAUUAUUAUAUUACAAUAUACCUUUUUUUUAGGAAGAUAAUUUGAAAAAUAACAUUGUAAUGAGUUAAUGUAUUUAUUGAUUCUCUUAAUUUUGAUAAGUUGAUGAAAAUUAAUUGAAAGUUAUUUGUUGAUGUAAAAAUAGAAAUUUACCGAUUUUAAGGUUGUCAUUAGAUUUGGGGUGGGGUCACCAGAAAUUCUGGCCAAACAAAUUGGGUACCUGCUUGAAAGGUUUGACUACCACUGCUAUAGAGUGUAGUCAAAUGUGUUGUAGUGAUAGUCAAACUUGCAUGGCAGCACAAAAGUCUUUAAAAUCUACUAUAAUUGAUGGAUUUUUAAAUUGAGCUUUGACUCCUCUUGGGUUCCACUCACAAAGUCAUGUUUGAAUAAUGUGAGAUUUUCAGAUUGUGCUUUUCUCACAUUUUACUCCUGUUAAUCCUGGAUCAUGGAUAGCUCCUGCUAUAGCUGUGUUUUUACAGAAUUCGCUAUCCUUUCAACCCUCCUUAGUGCAAUUCCUUCCCUCAUGCAGAGACUCAUGGAAUAUGCAUGUUAAGGGAUGCCAAGUGCUAACCACUUCCAAUGGUUCAUUUGUGAUAUUGAUGUGGGUUUAAAGGGAUAGUUCUCCAAAAGCAUUUGUUAAUGAUUUCCUUCAAAGAUAGGAAUCAUGUGAUCUUUACACCGGCAAAUGACUUGGCUAAGAUCACACCAUGUCAAUAAAGUUCUCAGAAUUGUUUUGUUUGUAAACAGACCAAUGACAGAAUAAAGUUAUGGAAUUUGUAUUGAAACGCAACUUUGACAAGGACUGACAUUGAAAACUAGUGAUUUAAAGCACAGUACCUGUCACAGACAUGUUUUGUUCCCACCAAGGUUUACUGCCAAAUAAAUUACUGUGCUAGUGGCUGACUUUGAUAAUAAAAUGUGCCAUGCAGCAACCAUACAUCUAGGGCCAUAUAACAAAAGAAAAGGGGCAGUAAAUGAAUACACUCUGUACUCUAUGACUGCAGCACAUGGAAUAAUAUCCUACUGUAUAUCCUUGCUCUCUCACUGAGGUCCACUGAGUCUUUGUAUGCACAGCAAUAGAUCUGGCGCCUUGUUUAGCCCUGCAUGGUGUAUAUGGUACUUGAUAUGUCUCUUGUAUUGCAAUGUGGGAAAAUUGGUUUAUAAUAUAAAUGGAAAUCAAUCAUUCAUAAUUUCCAUCUGUUUCCCCUCUAAUCUACUCACGUAAACAUAUUUUCAGCCAUUCCGCUUGGGCAGUUGCAAGAAUGAUUAUCCAAUAUGACCACACUGUAACUCAUUCAUGAAUGUGUGCAAUCUUUCCUUAUUAUUCUUUGUUUUGCAGGGUAAAAUAAACAGUAAGUAGUUCAAAUAUCAGGCCAUAUUUGUAAGAUGGCUGCCUUUCUUUAAAAAAAAAAAAUGAUCAGAACAUUUCUAGAACAUUUUCAUAAUGUGAGGUCAUAACUUUGGAUAAUUAACAUUUUGUCAGAUACAUAUAUUUAAAUAUAUGGCUCUGCUUAAUUUUAGCCAAUGUCUGAAGAACGUUCUCUGUUUACUGGGUAGUUAGCAAUGAGCUUUUAGAAGCCAGAUAAAGUGUUCUACAUUCUAUGUAUUCCUUUCUGCAGGGUUAAUCUUUAUUAAAGAAAAGGUUAUAAUGCCAAUAGAUGUUACAGUAGCUAUACAGAAGAUUCUGUUUAAAAAAAGAAAAGAAAAAAGUGUUUUAUUGCAUUUCAUGUUUGUUUUUUUAUUCUGCAGGUGCUCUUAGAUAUAUCAAAGUAAUGUCUAUCAGCAUUUUUUCCUUUUCCCAAUGUAUUUCAUUAUGAUUUAGAGUGUGAAUCCUUCACAAAAUAGUACAUUUUAUUCGGUGGUGUACUCCAUGGCGACAUAACACAUUUUCUACUAGCUUAAAUUCCAGCAGUCUAGUAAAUGAUAUCAACACCCCAAAGGGAAAGUGUUUAUGUGCUUAAACAUGAGCAGACAAUGUUGAAGUAAGACUGUGUGACCCAUACCUGUAAAUUAAUAUCACUACCAAUGGGAAAUGGGUGAGAUCUGUAUAUGAAAAUAUUUAUAUUUAAGGUUGACUAUAAUGAAAUGUUCCUUGUUGUCAAGAGGCUACACAGGUUAAGUGAUACAUGAUAUGGUUUCUAUACAGGAUAGCUCAGGUGCAAAUAAUGUCCAGACAUGGAUCAGAUCCACCCAACCUUAUUAUUGUUUAUAUAGGGUGUUAAUGACCAUUUGUGACUAAGCAGUAAACAUUUCACAAAACUGUAUACUGUAUCCAUUUCUAUUAAGUUUAUCUAUUCUUAUUUGGUAUCUUUUUCUAUUCUGUUUCCACUCCCUGUCACUCAAUUACUCUCUCACUCACUCAUUCACUCACUCACUCACUCACUCACUCACUCACUCACUCACUCACU